CUAGUACGGUUACUGGUCGAAGGGGCUGGCUCGCUCCGGCCACGCCCACAUAAAACGACAUUUGCUGCUUCUCGCCCGGCUCUUUACAAUACCUGUUAGCAUGACACAGUGAAUAAUUUUCACUGCAUUUAUGCUCUGCCUUGCCUCCGGAGACGACUGGGAAGGUCAACGGCAGAACGACAGCUUGAGGAGCAAUGCUGGCUAUGGAAUGCGACGCGCAGCGAGACCGCGGCCCGCCUUCUCUCGACCAGGGUGGCUCCCGGCAUUCCGCAGAUGCCUCGAGCGCACCGAUGGGACCCCAGGCGCCGGCGCAGCAGGCAGGGGGUCUGGAGCAGGACACCCUCAGCAGCGCCGCUGUGCCGAAACGCGGCAGGGGCAGGCCACGGACCAAGCCGCUGGAAGCUCCGCGCCCCCGGAAGCGCCCUGAUACGGAGUGGGACAAGCACCGCAAAAAGAUGGGCAAGCAGGGCUUUACACGGGAACAGAUCUACAGCCUGUACGGAAAGCUCGACCUGAGCAUGGAUGAACAAGAGCUGGUGCAGGCGGCUAGGCAGCUGCUGCUGCAGAUGGAGCCGCAGCACGACAGCACGCAGGGGCGGGCACCACGCACGGCCCGCCGGCCCAGCACUGAGCAGGAGCGCGCGCAGCCGGGCCAGGCGCCGGGGCUGGGGGCUGUGCAGAACCCGCUCCGGGCUGAGGCAUCCUGGGGCUCACUGCCAGAGGACGGCGCCACGACGCGGGCGCCACGGGCGCAGUCCCUGGCAGGCCCGGGCCCAGGCCCAGGCUCGGCACCCCUGCAGGAACAGCAGCAGCAGCAGCAGCAGCAGUUCGCACCGUUGCCGUUGAGCUCACGUGGCCCACGCAAGGGCGAAGCGGCGGCGCACGUGGAGCUGCCACUGCAUGCGGCCGGUGCCGGCAACAGCAGGGCUGGGCGGCGGCAGCGGGGCGCGGCGGGCGGGGCCACCGGCUCGGCAGCACCGCCGGGGGCAGGGGCAGCUGCGGGGCUAGGCGCUGCGGCGGCGCCAGGGCAGGCGCAGGAGCCGCCGACAGCUCCCGUGGUCACCGGGCAGCCGCGGCGCCCGCGCACGGGACCGGCUGCGGGCGGUCUGCAGCCGGCGGCACCGGCCGCGCAGUCCGGCCUCAGCCCCGGCCCCAGCCCCGGCCUCAGCGCGGCACCCGCUGGCGAGCCGCUGGCGCAGUCCGCGGCCCCUUCCAGCACCCAUGUCGCGGUCGGCUGCGCGGCCGCUUCCGGUCCCCUGGAGGCCGCUGUCCGCGCUCCUGCAGUCAGCACCAAUGCCGACAGCUCAGCGGCAGUGGCGGCACGCAGGCAGCGGCACGCUCGCCACGCCGAGGCAGAGCCCAGUGCCCUCAAAGCGGGAAAAGCAGCAUUUGUCGAGGCACCUGGAGCUGAGGCGCCACAGCCGGCACCACAGCCGCCAACAAAGCCGCAACCACAGCCGCAAUCACAGCCGCAAUCACAGCCGCAACCACAGCCGCAAUCACAGCCGCAACCACAGCCGCCACCGCAGCCGCAACCACCGCCGCCACCGCCGUCACUGCCACAGCUGCAACCGCAGCCACCGCCACAGCCGCCACCACAGCCGCAAUCGCAGCCGGCUGCUGCUGUGUCCCACCAACCGCCUGCAGCGGCCUCCAGGCGGCUGCUGGCCAGGGCGUUCGGGUGGAUGGGCUGGAACCCGCUGCGGCGCUCGCUGAGGGAGGGCGCUGCCAGGGGUGUCGCACCCGCAGCGCAUGCGCCCGGAGCCACGCCUGAGGCCGCCGGCCAGGGCGCCAGCGGGCCGAGCGGCUCGGGCUCGGGCUCAACCGCGGCGCUGCAGCCGCCGGGGCGGGCUCAGUCGCGGGGCCCGGCCUGCUCAGUGCCUCCGGACUCGGGUGUGGCGACCGGCGUGCCGCGCAGCCGGGUGCCGUGUGCCGCGGCUGCUGCGUGGGAGGCUGGGGCUGGGGCGGCGGCGGCGUGCUCCCGUGCCGAGGACGAGCACGAGCAAGAGGAUGCGCCAGAGGACGGAGACGAGGCGUGGGGCACUCCCAGCGGCUCCCCGCUGCCAUCACCGCCGCCGCCGCAGCAGGCAUCCCCACCAGCGGUGGAGGUGGUGUCGCCGCCGUCGCCCCAGCAGCAGCAGCUGCACCCGCCGGCCGUGCCGCUGCAGCCGGAGCCGCCUGUGACCGGCACCCCGCCCAGUGGUGGGCUGGCGGCCAGUGGCAGCCGGCCCCGGCGCCGCGGCGGCAGAGGCCGCGGGCGCGAGAGCGCCGGAGGUGAUGACACAUGUGGUGGCGCUGCCCCUGGUGACACGCGCCGCCGGGGUGAUGAGGCGCAGGCCUCUCCUGCUCGGUUGGUCUCGCCUGCUGCGGGCGCCCCGGCCAGCAGCCCCAGCAGUGCCGAGGCGCCCGGGCGGCACCGGCAGCGAAGCGCUGGUGUCGUCAUCAGCGGCGGCGACAGCUGGGGCGGCAGCAGCAGCAGCAGCGGCGGCGGCGGCAGCAGCAGAGGGCGACGCAGCUCGGUGGGCUUGUGCGAGCUGCCGGCCGCGCCCGCGUCGCCGUCCACGUCCACGCCCGCACCGCUGCCCGCCCUGCCUGUGGCGCCGACGCAGCCGGCAGUGCCGCCGCCCUGCCAGCAGCCCGCAGCUGCAGGGCCCUCCGAGCACACACCACCCGCGCGUGCUGCGUCGGCAGCAGCCGGUGUUGCCGCUGCCGAGCCGGCCGUGGCUGCGCCCGCACCAUCGGCAUCGGAAGCGGUGGCGGCGCGGCGGCUGGAUGCAACUGCUGCAUCGCCGCCGCAGCUGAAGCGACCAAAGCAGAAGCGGCAGCAGAAGAGAAGGCAGAAGGAGCAGCCGGCGGCGGUGGUGGAGGGAGAUGGCGCAGCGGCGGCGGAGGUGCCGGCGGAGGCAGAGGUGGAGGUGGAGGUGGAGGUGGAGGUGGCGGAGGUGCCGGCUGUGCACGUGGUGGACUUGUCCGGGGUGACCACCUGGAAUGAGUUCCAGGCGCGGGUGGCGGGUCUGGACUGGCCGUACGCAGCGCUGCGCAAGGAGCUGUGGCAGCAGCACCAGGCGGGUGCAGACGUGUCCGCGGCACUGCCCACCGCACUCAAGCCCGGCUGGCGUAAGGUGGACCGGACCAGGAAGCGGCAGAAGGAGAAGGCCAAGGCCGCCGUCGCGAGGGCGCAGAAGCAGGCGGAGGAGCUGGCGGCCGCGGCGGCGGCGGCAGAGGCGGCGGGCUUCCCCGGCGGCGUGACCGCUGCCGCGCUGCCGCGCCUGCACGCCUUCCGCGGCACCAGCCGCUUCAACGCCUUCGUGUCGCUCACCAGCUGCCGGGCCGCCGACCACCUGCAGCAGCUGCUGGCGAGGGCGCAGGCAGCCGAGGCGGCGGCGGCAGGGGCGGAGCUUGCAAGGGGGGCGGCAAGAGCAAAGACCGCAGCGGCAGCAGGCGCGGAGGCCGCGGCGCCCAAGCACAAGGGGAGUGUCAUCAAGAUCCUGUACGACCAUUUCAAGGCGGGGAACGCGGUGGUGCUGGCGGAGGUGGAGCUGAUCAAGGCGCAGCGGGCGGCACUGCCGGCGGCACUGCCGGGGCAGGAGGGGGAGGAGGAGUGGGAGCAGCAGGACGGGCAGGAGGGGAAGGAGGGGGAGCAGGAGGGGCAGGAGGAGGAGGGGAAGGAGGAGGGGCAGGAGGGGAAGGAGGGGGAGCAGGAGGGGCAGGGGCAGGGGGGUGCUUCGGAGGGGCUGCUCGUGGGGGCUGCGGCGGGAGCUGGGGUGCAGCCGACAGGGGGCAGCGAGGGGAGUGGGAGGGGCAGGGGCCGAGGGGCAGCGCAGACCGCGGCGGCGGCGGCUCAGCAGGGGCGGCCCCGGCCCGGUGGUGACGACGGCGGCGGCGGCGGCGGCCAGUGCUGGCACGGCCUGCCAGCGCCGCCGCCCAAGCCCAAGCUCCGGCACGGCGACCGCACGGGCCGGGUCCCCGCUGUGCCGGGGGCGCUGCACGACCAGCGCGUGCUGCGGGAGGACAUCCCGCACCACCACCCGCUGUUUGCAGGCUUCAGCCCCUGGGUGCGGGUGCUGCCCAAGGCCGCCGCCAAGCGCCGCGCCGCGGCCGCCGGCGGCACCGCCUCGGGCUGGAAGCCGCCGGCGGACAAGGGCGUGUACGAGUGGGGCGUGGUGGCGCCGCCGCCGCCAGCCGCCGCCGCCGCCACCGGCGUGCAGGAGGGGCAGGGGGAGGAGCAGGGGCGGCAGCAACAGCUGGAGGCGUCCGAGGCGGAGGCGGAGGGGGUGGCGGAGGGCUGCAUCGUCCCCUUCUACCUGGGCAUGGGAGCCGGCGUCAGGGGCCUGGCCCAGCGCUUCAACGACUACGUGCACCGAGACUUCCUGGGCCCCCUGGACUCACUGCGCACCGCCGCUACCCGCCGCAACUGCACCUACAGCCUGCGCAGCCGGGACGCAGCCGCCCGCGCCGCCGCCGGCGAGGGACAGGGCGCGGAGGCGCAGGGCGCGGGCGGUGGCGGCGGUGGUGGCGGCCGGUGCGGGGGCGCCAGCGAGCUGGACAAGGCGGAGCUGUGGCUGCAGCUGCAGGCGCGCGGCUUCCAGUUCUACUACAGGUACCUGCUCACGUCCCCCCAGCCGGGCCGCGCCCCGCCGCCCGCGGCCCCACAGCCGCCCGGGCUGCAGCAGCUGCCUGCCGCACUGGAGGACCGGCUGCAGGAGGUGAUACGCGCGCGGGGGGCCCCACCACUGCCGCUGCCACUGCCUCAGUCGCAACUGGAGGCGGCAGCCGCAGCCGCAGCCGCAGCCGCAGGCACCAGGAAGGGCGGCAGGCGGCCGCGGCUGAAGGAGGCGCAGGCCCGGGCGGCGGCGGAGGGCCGGGGCCACCUGCCCGCAUACCGUCACGCCUGCGACCUGCGGGUGCCGGAGCCGGGCGCCUGGUGGUCGGGGGCGGAGGGGGUGGAGACGGAGCUACUCAAGGUGGUGGACUACGCCGGCUGCGUCGUCAACAACGGCCGCUACCGAGACCUCUGGCUGCCCCUGCCCAUGGCCCUGCCACCGGCCGGCGCCCGGACACAGCAGGUGCACACCGCCGAGGCCGAGGCCGGGCCCGGAGGCGCCGCUGGCACUGGCGGUGCCGGUGGUGCGGGGCCGCGCCCGCCGGCCCAGGCCCAGGCCCUGGCCCAGUGCUGGCCGCUGCGUCCGGACCUGGGGCCGGAGGGGUGCGGCUGGCUGCUGCAGCAGCUGCAGGAGCUGAAGCGGGAGGCGGAGGCGCGGGGGAGGGCGGCGCCGGGGGCGGGGGCGGGGGCGGGCGGCAGCAAGGGUGACGGCAGCAAGGGUGGCAGCAGCAGCGGCAGGGGCACGGGCCCGGCGGCGCACACGCGCUCGAGCACCAGAGCACUGGCUGCGGCUUAGCACCCCCGGGGGGGUAGCUUGGGGCUUUGGCGUGUGCCGAUGUGCGGGCAGUCACUGCGACCGUUGAUGAUCAAAGUGGGGAUUGCAAUGAGGGUAGCAGGUGGCACGACUGGUUCAGCAUGUCAAUGCACAAGUGUGUGUGGGGUGCGCUGCCGGCGAACUGGAAUCUUGGACUCGCUUGGUGAUGGCCGCGGCGGCGUGGGUUUGUUGUGAGCAGGGGAGGGUGUGUCGGGUCAGUCAGUGCCUGUCAGUGCGCACCUGACUGGUGAUUAUGGACUGGUGAGAUAAGCCGGGAGGAAGGUCAUAUGGUGACACAUGAGUAUUGGAGCAGUACAGCUAGCACGGCAGGAGCAUCGGGCACGGAGUGCGUACUAAGCAUUCCAACUGACCCCAGAUGGCACAUUACUUGGCACUGCGGGAAGCUAGGUGCUGCGGCUGGCACUGCAGCAGUAGCUUGCGGCUGGAGAAUCUUCCGUGCGUGCCGGCAGGUAGGGUUACAUGUUCCUGAGGAGCACGUACCACAGCGCCCAAGGCUACACCAUCUUUGCGGCGCACAAGAGCGCCCGAGCUGAGCAUGGUGCGUGACAACCCAUGUCACCUGUUGCCAAGGGACGAGUAUGGCGGCCCUUUGGCCCCUGCUGGUCCGCCCCUGAUGGGCCGGGCUGCCGGACCUGGCGGAGUCCAGGGGCCCGGCAGGCACUGCCUGUGGGCACUGCCGCUAGGCGGCCAGGGGGGCACUGACCGGCGAGGGGGCACUCCAGCAGCAAGGAAUGCGGCGACGUGGACGUGUAGUGGGGGGGGGGAGGUGCGUGGGUGCACGGGCGGGUGGCACAGGCGGGCGGGGGCCGGCAAUAGGGCUGGGGACAGGUGCGCAAGGGCUGGUCGAUGCCGAGGC